ACACAAUUGCUCCCAAGUGUCCCCUCUAAUCCCCUCGGAUCCGAAAACUGGCCCCUUGGUAUAUGGAAGAUCUAUGGGGGUAGAAGUGGCAAGGCAGGUGACAAGUGACAAGGUAGGUGACAAGGCACAAGUGGAGAAAGACUCAACUAGAAUCCAACAGAUUACAACAUAGAGCACAUUUAAGGAUCAAUGCUCACGCAAUAAGUGUGGCAAAGAAGUGGUUCUUUUCUGCCCGUAUUGCAUCUGCGAGUUCACGUCCAGCAGAGUUAUUCAGGGUUGUGAGGGGGCUAGUAUAUGCUCCCCCUUCCUUGAAUCAGAAUUUGGAGUCAUCAGUUACCCGCUGUGAUGUGUUUAAAGAAUUUUUUUGCAGAUAAAACCAGUCAGAUUCGGGCCAACUUAGAUGAAGCCUUCACAAUUAAUUCCAUGUCUGAAUUGCAAGUGUCCAGGAAUUCCUCUUCUGUUGUUUCAGUUUGUGACUCCUGAGGAUGUGGACAAGCUGAUUGGAAUGGAUUUGGUGCACUUCAUUCAAGAGAACUUUAAGAAGAGAGAGUGUGUGUUUUUCACUAAAGAUGCCAAAUCAAUUGACAACCUAUGUAAAUGUGGCCACACAAAAUCUCAACAUAUAGAAGGCACUCAGAUUAACAACCAUGAGAAAUGGAAUUAUAAGAAGCACACCAAAGAAUUCCCAACGGAUGCCUUUGGGGACAUUGAAUUUGAAAACUUGGGCAAGAGAGGAAAGUAUAUCCGCCUGUCAUAUGACACAGACUCUGAAACACUCUAUGACCUAAUGACCCAGCACUGGCACCUGAAAACACCCAACCUCAUAAUUUCUGUCACAGGAGGAGCAAAAAACUUUGCUUUAAAGCCACGUAUGCGCAAGAUUGUCAGCCGAUUGAUCUACAUUGCCCAGUCUAAAGGGGCCUGGAUAUUCACUGGGGGAACUCAUUAUGGGUUGAUGAAGUAUAUUGGUGAAGUAGUAAGAGAUAACACCAUCAGCAGGACAUCAGAAGAGAAUGUUGUUGCUAUUGGCAUAGCUGCCUGGGGAAUGGUUUCCAACCGUGACAGUCUGAUCAGGAGCUGUGAUGCUGAGGCAUCUUAUUCAGCACAAUACAUUAUGGAUGAUCUCAAGAGGGACCCUUUGUACUGUUUGGAUAAUAAUCAUACCCAUCUAAUUCUGGUUGAUAAUGGCACUCAUGGAUGCCCAGCCACAGAGGCCAAGCUACGAACCCAGUUAGAAAAAUAUAUUUCUGAACGCAUCAUUCCAGAUUCCAAUUAUGGUGGGAAGAUUCCAAUUGUGUGUUUCGCCCAAGGGGGAGGAAAAGAAACUCUGAAAGCUAUUAACACUGCCGUUAAGAGUAAAAUUCCCUGUGUGGUGGUGGAAGGUUCUGGUCAGAUUGCAGAUGUGGUUGCAAGCUUAGUGGAGGCGGAAGGUACAGUUACUUCUUCAUCUGUCAAAGAGAGACUGCUCCGAUACUUGCCUCGCACUCUUUCUAGACUCACAGAAGAAGAGACUGAGAGUUGGAUCAGAUGGAUCAAAGAAGUACUUGAAAGUCCUCAUCUGUUAACUGUGAUCAAAAUAGAAGAAGCUGGAGAUGAAAUUGUGAGCAAUGCCAUUUCAUUUGCCCUGUAUAAAGCUUUCAGCACAAACGAACAAGAUAAGGAUAACUGGAACGGGCAACUAAAAUUGCUUUUGGAGUGGAACCAACUGGAUCUGGCGAGUGAAGAGAUUUUUACCAAUGAUCGUCAUUGGGAGUCUGCUGACCUUCAGGAUGUCAUGUUUACAGCCCUGGUGAAGGACAGGCCAAAAUUUGUUCGCCUCUUUCUGGAAAAUGGCUUGAAUCUGAGGAAGUUUCUUACUAAUGAAGUUCUAACUGAGCUCUAUACCAACAACUUCAGCAGUCUGGUAUUUAAGAAUCUACAAAUUGCGAAGAACUCAUACAAUGAUGCUCUCCUUACAUUUGUGUGGAAGAUGGUAGAGGAUUUCAGAAGAGGCAUCAAAAAAGAGGACAAAAAUAUCAAGGAUGAGAUUGAGAUACAGCUUUUGGAUGUAUCUCUUAUUACAAGGCACCCCUUGCAGGCUCUCUUCAUUUGGGCAGUUCUUCAGAAUAAAAAGGAACUAUCCAAAGUGAUUUGGGAACAGACUAGAGGCUGUACAUUGGCAGCUUUAGGAGCAAGUAAACUCCUGAAAAGCCUGGCAAAGGUGAAGAAUGAUAUCAAUGCUGCUGGGGAGUCAGAGGAGCUGGCAAAUGAAUAUGAGACAAGAGCUGUGGAGUUGUUCACGGAAUGUUACAGUGGUGAUGAAGAUCUGGCUGAACAGCUUCUGAUAUAUUCCUGUGAAGCUUGGGGUGGAAGCAAUUGUCUGGAACUUGCGGUGGAAGCCAAGGACCAGCAGUUCAUUGCUCAGCCAGGAGUCCAGAAUUUUCUUUCCAAACAAUGGUAUGGGGAGAUCUCCAGGGACACGAAGAAUUGGAAGAUCAUACUAUGCCUUUUCCUUUUCCCUUUAAUAGGCUGUGGAUUCAUUUCCUUCAGGAAAAAGCCAACUGACAACAGAAAAAAGCUAUUCCUAUAUUAUGUUUCAUUCUUCACAUCACCAUUUGUGGUAUUCUCUUGGACUGUCAUCUUCUACAUUGCCUUCCUGCUGCUGUUUGCCUAUGUUUUGCUCAUGGAUUUCCAGAAGGAGCCCACCACGUUGGAACUAAUUCUCUAUGUGCUGGUCUUCAUCCUGCUUUGUGAUGAAGUGAGACAAUGGUACAUGAAUGGUAGUAAAUAUUUUAAAGACUUGUGGAAUGUUAUGGACAGCCUUGGAAUUUUCUACUUCAUAGCAGGAAUUGUGUUCAGGCUCUACUCUUCAAAUGAGACAGCCUGGUAUUCUGGCAGAGUCAUUUUUUGCUUGGAUUACAUCAUUUUCACACUAAGGCUGAUACAUAUUUUCACAGUAAGCAGGAAUCUAGGACCCAAGAUAAUUAUGCUUCAGAGGAUGAUGAUAGAUGUCUUCUUCUUCCUGUUCCUCUUUGCAGUAUGGAUGGUAGCUUUUGGAGUGGCCAGACAAGGAAUCUUACGAAAGAAUGAACAUCGCUGGGAAUGGAUAUUCCGAUCAGUCAUCUAUGAACCUUACCUUGCAAUGUUUGGCCAAUAUCCUGACGACAUUGAUGCUACCACAUACAGUUUUCAGCACUGUACCUUCAAUGGGAAUGAAUCAAAACCUCUGUGUGUAGAAGUGGAUUCCAACAACCACCCCCGGUUCCCAGAAUGGAUCACUAUUCCAUUAGUGUGUAUCUACAUGUUGUCCACCAACAUCCUCCUGGUGAACUUGUUAAUAGCCAUGUUUGGUUACACUGUUGGAUCAGUACAAGAGAACAAUGACCAAGUAUGGAAGUUCCAGCGCUAUUUCUUGGUUCAAGAAUACUGCAAUCGCUUAACUAUACCAUUUCCAUUUGUCAUAUUUGCCUACAUCUAUAUGGUGAUGAGGAAACUUUUAAAAUGCUGUUGUAAAAAUGAAUAUAAUCAACCCUCCAUCUGCUGUUCAAGAAAUGAAGAUAACGAAACUUUGGCAUGGGAAGCCGUCAUGAAAGAAAAUUAUCUCGUCAAAAAUACCAAGGCGUAUGACUCAUCAGAAGAAAUGGUGCAUCGGUUUAGACAACUGGACCUGAAGUUGAAUGAUCUGAAAUGUGUACUGAAAGAUAUUGCUAAUAAACUCAGAUGAAGGCAACCUGGACCCAAGAUCAAGCUUCCUCCAGCAGUAUAAGCUUGUACAACAAAGAACUACUGAACCAGCAGCAGAUUAAAUGUCAACUGUACACUAAUUGGAUGGGAAGAAUGAAACUUUGACACUUCAACCUCUGCUCUGUUCUCUUCUGGAUAGGGAAAUUCUGCCCAGAAAACUCUUAAGCUUAUUUGUUCCAAUAUAACCGAUUGUUGUAAUAGCAUUUAAAGGUGGAAUGUACUGAAGCAUUCUGAGUCUCAGAAGUUAGUUUUAGUUGCAGCUUUAACUGCAUGGAUAGCUUGUCAAGCUACUAGCACCAAGCUGAGGCAACCACUUGAUAUCUGCAUUUUAGGAAUGUGGUAACAGUCACAGAUAACCACCUAGCCACAGUUAGUGGUUGGAGCAUGUAGAAGUAGCUGGUGUCUUAGGAGUGGAGUCCAAUGAACUUUGGGUGGUGGUGGGGAUGUUACUGAGAGCAAAACAUGCAUCAUGCCAAGCAGGAAACAGCCUGUCCGUUGAUUCUGCCUCUCUACCUGAGAUUUUACCAAUUUUUGUGAAGACCCUGACAACGAGGCUAAAACCCAGAACCAUCAAAUCAGAGACUGAGACAAAUGCAGAAGGAUCAAAUGAAAAGGAAUCUUUUAAGGCCUAAUCUGCAGAAAUGCUUUGUCUUUUUAUAACAGAGCCAUGGAUUGGGGGUGGAGCGGUUUUUUUUUUAUUAGCACAUCUUAAAAUCUGGGUUCUGCAGUUUUAUAUCUCUCUGUAUAAUUAAAAUUAAUCAUUUACAUUACACCCCCAUCUAGUCUGCUGAUUACAAAUAUAAGGAUCAUAUAGGAUAUUGGUUCAUCUCCCCUGUUUCUUUUUAUAAAAUGUUGACAGAAAGAGGGGGAAUUAAGAGGGCUGGGUGAAAAGAUAUAAAGGGAAGAAUGAGAAAAGAAAGACAAGACAUAACGGGGAUGUGAGUAGAAAAGAGAGAACGGAAACAAAUUGAGACAGGAGAGGAGGUAUUUUGAAAAAGUAACUGGAAGAUAUGGUGGCAAAGCUCAAGAGGAUAAUGGAAGAAAGAAGAAAGAUAGAAGAGUUGGCCAAUAAUAAAUAUCCUCGCUGACCUUUCAAGCAGCUGAGAUAUUUAUGGUGUCUAGAGUCAUAUUUCAUGCCUCUCUGGCAUAUGAGCCACAUUAUGACUCUGCUUGGCAAUGAUUUAAUUGCUGUACCCAAUUCACUAAUAAUGUAAUCAUGCCUGAGUGCUGGCUGAACUUUUAACACAAGGUUGUCAGUGAUCAUACUGUAAUUAGUUUUGUGCUAUCUUGUACCCACUUGGGAGAAGUACGCUCUGCUCCAGUAUGGAUGGAUUUGGAUGUGGAGGGUUUUUUUUACCAUACUGAUAGUAGCUGUGUACUGUACAGGAAUUGUACAGGGGGAUUAAUAAAGCCCUUUCUUUUUUGCUCACAUUUCACUUGGCUUCCCAUUCUGUUGAUCAGAUUGAGAUUUCUGGUGCCCAAACACAUAGCAGUCAUUCAAAGCAUGUUUUGCACAUCCUGAUUUUUGUUUUUAGCUCCUUGUACCUGGCUUGUAGGACAGAUGUACCUCUGAAUGUGGUCAGUCCCUUUUAUGGGCAGUUUAAGCAACAUAAAAAACCAAUUUAAAACCACAGGUCCGGUUAAAAAGCUUGGGUCCAUAAAUGUGUCUUUAAAGACUUUUAAAAAGUUGUCAGAGAUGGGAAGACUUUUAUUUCAGCAGGGAGCGCAGAUGAGCUGGUAGCAACAGCAGAUGAACCUCUCCAGAUGAUCUCAAUGGGCGAUCGGGCACAUAGUGCUUUCACAAUAUAUAUAUAUAUUGCUUUAUAUAUCAAACGUGUGUGUUUGUAUUUGUAUGUUUAUGUAUAGCUAGAUUGCUAGAUAGUAUAAGGCACUGCAUACAUAUAUAUCGACACACAAAUUUUGGGUUGCUGUUGUACUUUAAACAAAAUAAAUGCCAGGUAUAUACAAUUCUGACCAAGCUGCACACUGGAGUGGAGGAGUAAAAAAAGUUGGUUGACAAAUCCUUAAUGAAAUUGCACGUAAGCAUGUUUUCUCAUAGUCUGUAUGCUAUAUCACUAUGUUUAUUUACAGGCUGUAUCUGUCAGUAUUAAGUUAAAGAAGUGGGUCAAAACGAAUUAAAUACUAUUAAGU